GGCCUGCUCCCCGCCUCAGCCGAGCUUAACGGUUGGCCGGAGGACGCGAGGCUGCCCCUUCGUUGCGAUUGGCUUCGACGCCGUCACUCCACCCUUUCGCCCGUCUCCCCCGCCCCAUCCUCCUCCUCUACCGUGUCUCUCGGGUCGCUCGUUCGCUCGCUGGCUGCCUGGGCCUGAGGCAAGAGCCGUUUCGCAGGCCGCAGGAGGGGAGGGGGCUUCGCGCUGCUGCCGCCGCCGCCUCUGCGACAGGCCGAGCGCGCUCCGGGGUGAUGCUGGGACCCAGGAGAGAGCCAGCCCGGCGCUGAGGAGAAGGCAGAGAGAUGCGCCGGCCUUCCAGCACCGCCAGCCUCCGCGGCCGCCUCCAACGGCCCUGAGCCGCCGCUUAGUAGGUGAGCCCGGCUGGGCGGACUAGACCGAGGGCGAAGAUAACCUAAUCCAUGGGUAAAGUUGGGAAGAUGUGGAACAGCUUCAAGUACAGAUGCCAGAAUCUCUUCAACUCUGAAGGUGGAAACAGAAGUGAAAAUGUAGAUGUAAACUCUAAUUGUUCUUCUGUUAGAGAUAAAAGUGUGUUUGCUCCUGAUCCAGCUGUGCAACGACCCAGCAGCCCUUUAAGAGAUGUUUCUUUACAACUGAGUCUAAACCCUUCGAAAAGCUCUGCAAGGAAAAAUCAAAACUGUGCUGCAGAAAUCCCACAAAUAGUGGAAAUAAGCAUUGAGAGAGAGAGUGACUUGGGUGUUGCCACAGGAGCUAGACUUGCACGAAGAGAUUCCUACUCAAGGCAUGCACCAUGGGGUGGGAAAAAGAAACAUUCCUGCUCUACAAAAACCCAGAGCUCUUUGGAUAGUGAUAAAAGAUUUGGCCGUUCUCGCUUGCAAAGGAGAGAGAGAAGAUAUGGCGUGAGCUCUGUUCAUGACACGGACAGUGUCUCAAGCAGGACCAUUGGGAGUCGCUCUCUGCGACAAAGACUUCAGGAUACUGUUGGCUUGUGUUUUCCUAUGAGAACGUACUGCAAACCAUCCAAACCUCUCUUUUCUAACAAAAGAAAGAUCCAUCUCUCUGAACUAAUGCUAGAGAAAUGUCCUUUCCCUCCUGGGUCAGAUCUGGCUCAAAAAUGGCAUCUAAUUAAGCAGCACACAGCCCCAGUGAGCCCGCACUCGACUCUCUUUGAUGCAUUUGAUCCUUCUGUGGCUUCUACAGAAGAUGAAGAGGACAGGCUCAGAGAAAGACGAAGGCUCAGUAUUGAAGAAGGGGUUGAUCCUCCUCCCAAUGCUCAGAUACAUACUUUUGAAGCUACUGCGCAAGUUAACCCGCUAUAUAAACUGGGACCAAAGUUGGCCCCUGGCAUGUCUGAGCUGACUGGAGACUGUAGUUCAACGCCACAGGGAAGUUGCGACCCGGAGGAAGACACGACUACUCUCUGCUUGCAGUCGCGUAGGCAAAAGCAGCGCCAGAUAUCUGGAGAGAGCCAUAGCCACACCAGCAGACAAGGAGCUUGGAAAGUACAUACUCAGAUUGAUUAUAUACACUGCCUUGUCCCAGACCUACUGCAAAUUACUGGCAAUCCUUGUUACUGGGGAGUGAUGGACCGCUACGAAGCAGAAGCACUUCUGGAAGGAAAACCCGAAGGCACUUUUUUGCUCAGGGAUUCUGCUCAAGAAGACUACCUCUUCUCUGUGAGCUUCCGCCGUUACAACCGGUCUCUGCAUGCACGCAUUGAACAAUGGAACCACAACUUUAGUUUUGAUGCUCAUGACCCCUGCGUGUUUCACUCGUCCACUGUUACAGGGCUUCUAGAACACUACAAAGAUCCUAGUUCUUGCAUGUUUUUUGAACCUUUGCUUACAGUCUCCCUAAACAGAACUUUCCCUUUCAGCUUGCAAUAUAUCUGCCGGGCAGUAAUCUGUAGGUACACUUCGUAUGAUGGGAUUGAUUGUCUCCCUUUGCCAUCAAUGUUGCAGGACUUUCUAAAGGAAUAUCACUAUAAGCAAAAGGUCCGAGUGCGAUGGUUGGAGCGGGAACCAAUAAAGGCAAAGUGAACAGAGUUCAGAGUCCCCAGUAAGCUCACUAGAAAUAGGUUUUUUUUUUUGUGCAAAUACAGUAUACCUGUGGUUAGCACAUCAGUGUUCAGCUUCCUCUUCAUCUUCUUUUGCAAUAUGGUACUUUAAGCUUAAUGUGUUUUUGAGUGUGUUCAGAUGCUGCCUGCUAUUAAUCAAGCUUAGUUGUGAAUAUCUCUUGAAACAAUAUGCUGAACACAAAUUCACACAUUUUUUAACACGGGCUUGCAGAUUAUAAUUGUUCAGUUCUGAAAUACACUAUUUUCUCCCGCAAUUCCUAUAGUUAUUAUGUAAAGCAGCCAUUGAGUAUUUUCUAAGUUCCAUUCAAUUUCAACAAAGUUGAGUUGCUGACUUUUUUCAUUUUUGAACAUUUGAACACCAGCAGUUGUGUUCCUGUGUAGUUGCUUUCUUAAUACAUUUUAAAGUUCAGUUUUUUCCCAUGACAAUUUUCACAUUAAAGCUACUGUAUUCUAAAGUGAAAAAUCAUGAGCGACAAGGGAAACUGCUGUCACCUAGCACUUCUAAGAAUUGAUCACGUACAUUAGUGAGCACUUAUAUGCCUCUACCAGGCACCAAACUUUGGUUUUUAAAAGGGCUGUAUCUCAAUUAAGUAUACUUUAGUGUAUGAUUGUUUGAGUGCAAAUAGAUUAAUCAGCCAACUAAGUUUGCAUAAAUUUACAUAUCACUAAAAUAGUAAUCAUAUGCAAGAAAAAGUAAACACAUACUUUAUUUAUUUUAUAAUGAUGCCUACAUGUGCCUACUGUGGUACCUUGAAAGAGGCAUCUCUUAUAGCAGUGGUCACCAAUUUUUUUGGAUCUGGGGGCACAUUCUGAAUUUUGAGAAGAUGCCAAGGGUACCACGGCUGCCACCUUCAAAAGCGAAGGAAAAGAAAAGAAACGGGAACAUAAAAUAGUUCAAAUAUGGGGAAAUCGGUUCAGGUGUGUGUGUGUGUGUGUGUGUGUGUGUGUGUGUACACAUAUAUAUACAUAUAUAUGUACACAUACACACACACACAUAAUCAGAGAUAAAAAGACAUAAUGUGGACUCACAAGUAUUUUUUCCCUAUCUUGUUGGAGAAGAAAAUAUGUAAUAGAAAAAUACAGAAAGGACUCACCAGAGUAGUAGUUGAACAAUACUGUUGCAGAGUAAUGUUAUUUUAAGGCUGACUCAUCUACAAGCAUCUCAAAACUAGGGGUGUAUGAGGACAUGAUGAUAAUGAUUUUUCUGCCUUUGCACUAAGCCAGCCUCUCUCCAGUCAACCUGGGAGCAAUCCAUGUGGGCCAGGCAGGAGGGAAAAGUGAUAAUAACAUUGAUGCCUCUGAAAUGAUUCCCUCCCCAAAAAACAACUUGGAAACAAUCAGGAAUACUGUGGUGAGGAUGGUGAUGUUGAUAAUAAUGAUGCCUCUGCAUUACCCCACCCCUCAAGAAUGUAACAACUUGGAAACAACCAGGAAAAUUCUUAGAAUUAUUAUUAUUAUUAUUAUUAUUAUUAUUAUUAUUAUUAUUAUUAUUAUUAUUAUCACCACCACCAUUGUGAUGUCUCUGUACUGGGCUCCCCCUUUCAAAAAACUUUGGGACAAUCCUUGCUGUAGGACAUGUAGGAGAGAGAAAAAGGAUUGCCAUAUCCUUACCCUCUGAGUUUAACAGAGGCCUCUCUCAAGCAGCUGGUUGGUCCACGUGCUGGCAGGCAGCAAACAAGUAUGGCAACAAUAGGAGGCUUGCCAUCUUGCCUCCCCCCACCCCACAUUUUCAGAAGGCUUAUUAAGUAACUAUCUGCAGACUGUUUCACGUGGCCAGCAGGCAGCAAAACUAUUAAUUCCUGGGCUGCUUCCCCUACUCCAAACAUAUUUUUUAAAGCUUCUGAAGUAGCAGCCUGUCAGCUGCUCCACAUGGCUGGCAGGCAGCAAAGCAUAUGCAGCUGCAGACUUACCAAGGACUAGGAAACAGGACAGUAAUAGGAAAAGUGCGCUAAAGGGAAGCUGGAAACUGCACCUCUUUGGGACCCUUUUCCUGCUGUCCAAACAACUCAUUUAUCAGGCACAGCUCUGACACUCACUGACUAAAAACACUGGCAGGUGGGAGCAGCCGGGCUGGUUCAUUUCACGUCGGUUGCUCAGAGCACCUGCACCUUCUGCUUCAUAACUUCCUUUCUAGAAUGGCUAGAGUCCUGUGAAAGAAAGAAAGAGUUGUGGGUAGGGGCAGCCUGGAGGCACCAGUGAAGGCCUUCUCAGGCACCCGGUUGGCAACCCCCCCCCAAAUAAAUAAAUAAAUAAAUCCUACAACAUGACUCAGAAGGAUGAGUUUCUCUUCUGAGAUGUUGCACAGUUUGUAGAAGCACUUAAAACUUGCACAUUUUCUAAAAAUCUGUGAUACAGUAAAUCGGAGUCACCUUAAUCAGAUGGAUUGUCUUAAGCAUUGCAGCCCUAGUUUAAAAUCAACUUUUAAAGUAAAGUUUAGUAAACACAGCGUUUCAGUAACUUCUGCCUAACACUGCAAGCCUUCACAGAAGCAAGAUUCAUUAAAUUCAGUGGGACUAAACUCCUAGAUAAGCAUGUGUAGGAUUGCAGUUUAAGUCAACUGCUGCUGGUAAGUCAUGAUGAUGAACUUGACUCAACUACAAGAAACCUGACAGUAGUAAUUGGAGCUUUGCAUUAACUGAUUUUUUGAAUGGUUCAAAACAGUAUUUUUAACUGUCUGCUAAAAACUAAUGGCCAUCUAGCUUAGUUAUAACUUAAAGCUGAUCCAGGAAAAGAUAAUGUUCUGUUCUGCUGCUUUCCCUCCACCCUACUCAACGCAUCAUACGUAAAGUUUCAGGCUUCAUAUAGGUACUGUUGUAUUUGUAAAUGGUGUAGCACCUUCUUUUGGUAAGCUGUAGAUUGUGUUCUCCUUGAGCAAAAAACUUUUGAAACUUGCUCUUUUGCUUCUGGUCUCUCCCCCCCCCCUUUGUGGACAGAACAUAACCUGUUUUGUCCUAGUUGUGUUUGCACUAAAAUUUGUGUUGGAGUACAGAGUCCCUUGUUUUUUGCUUGUGUAUCUUGUACCAAUGACUAGUGCUCCCUAGGUUCUUAACCAGUUGACAGUGACUGUGAGGUAGGAAAACUUCAAAGCUGCGUAUACAAGAAAGUUAUACUUGUAUGCCAACACUAACCAAUUUAUCAAUGUGUGUUUUUCCUCCGCUUGCUGUGCCUUGUUACAGCUUUUUUGUGCUAAUAAAGUACAGUAUUUUCAGUGUUAUACUUGUAUAUUUGCUCUUUUAUAUUUGCAGAGCUUCUCUUGUAGCAGCUAACCAUUUUUUUUUAAAAAAAGCUUUAUCUUACAUUUAGUUUAGCUUGCACAAAUGUGCAAUUGAAUGAUUACUUGACAUGUCACCAAAUUUAAGCAUAAAUUAAAUUCUCUCUAGAACACCCAAAUACAGAUGUUUCCAAGCAUUUGGGGCCAUUUCACACGUUGCAUGGAGGCAAUUGUGGGUUUUCCAUGGGAUAUGCUUGACAACUGGUGCAAAUCCCAGCUCUCUAAUGUGGAUCUGAAUGGAGUGUGCUUUUUACACCCACACAUUGCAUUUUUUGAUGUGUGCUUCUAUUGAGGGUGUGUACGGUAUCUUAAAAACAACAAUGUAAUGCUUGAAGUGGCCUUUGGUAUUCAUUGCAAAACCAUAGAAUACCUAUAGCUUUCUAAUAGUGGGUCUGCAGUAUCUGGCCACUUCAAAAAGGCAAUUAUAUAUGGAAAACCCUUCUAGUAUAGUAUAAACACAAUGUGUACAUCAUCUCAUGUACACAAACACAGGUUACACUUGUGUUUGUCCAUACAUUUCUUAAGCUAAAUAUAUAUUCUUCACAAGAUGCAUUCAUUCAAAGGCUUUUGGGCAUCUUGGAAUGAAAUGCAAUUCAUUUUAAUUUUAUUUUUUGCUUUCUUUUAUUAUAUAAAAGAGUCAUAAGUUAUUGUGCAUUAUAUUUGAAGUUUGACAUAAUAGCUUGUCAUUUUUGAAGUGGACCUAAGAUCAGGUGAUGUUUCUGGAUAUAAUUGGUUCGCUAUUGGCCACGUGUGGCAGUGGUAAAGGGCAUUAUUUAUACCCUUCCUCAGCGCCUGGCAAAACAAUUGCAUUUUUAUUUUUGCACUAAUGAGUUUGCAAGGAAUGGAUUGAAUAGAUGCUACAGAAUCAGUGGUUGAAAAACGGUUUUGAAAUACUGUGCCAGACAUCUUUUAUGGUAGAUGGCUAGGCUUCAAUCCUCUACUGUCCUUCCUGGGAGUCCAACAGAACUUGGUGAGUUUUACUUUUGAGAGAUCAUAUAUAGGAUUGCACUGUACAUUAAGUUAACAUUUCAGUAUCCACUUGUUAAAAUACUACAUAUUGACAAGACAUAAUUUAUUUUCCGUUCACAUUUUAACCAACUCCUAAUGUAUUAUAUGCACCUAAAUGUGUGCUUUUGUUCAGACGCUUAUAACCUUCCUUGCAUGGUGAUAGAAAGGCCAUGUACCCAUCUUCUUUCCAUGUCCUUAAUGUAACCUGUGAGACAAGUAAUCCAUAUAGGAACUUAUUUGCCUGGUAUCCUAUUUUGUGUAAUUUUUCUUUCAGAGAAGAACAGAGAGGAAAGAAAGCGUGCAUCAGGCCACUGCAUAGAUAAGAUUCACAUGUCGAGUGCCCACUGUAUUUUAGAUAUUGGGAUGGCAAAACUUGUGUCGCUCACAAGGAUUGCUGCUUGUAAGUGUCUGAACCUGGCCAGAUUUUUUUUUUUUUACCAAAGAGGUUGAAGGAACAUGUUGCUGCUUAUAAUCCAAACUAAAACAAUUGAACCAAAGUAUCUUCAGCGUAAGCUAUUUGGGUAUAAUAUGCAAUUCCAGAGAUCAUGCAAUUGUAUAUAAUUCAGCAGCAGUUACUCAUACUUUUUUUAAUGCAGUGUAGUCUCAAUAUACAGAAUUGUCCAAAGUCUGUCUACUUCAACACCAGAUGAUCGAUAUACACCGGAAAGCUAUUGAAAGGAGUUUAUUUAGACUCCCAGAGAGCACUUUAAAAGGGUUAGUUUGGAAAACUCUCAUUAGGCUAGGGCUGAGGAGAACACAUAAA